UUGCGGUUGUGUGAUUUAAGAGGAGAAAGCGAGGGGAAAAUGAUUUUUUUGAGGGUGACUCACUCACCCAUCGAUUUCAAUGCCCAUCAAUGGCGAGUAUCGGGAUUCUGGAGAGAGAGAGAGAAGAUGUAGAGGGAGGAGGUGAGAGGUGAGGUUUUCUGGGUAGCUGCUAACUACUACCAUCAUCAAGAAAAUAACAAAAAAGAAAUAAGUUUUACCAGUAGGAGGAAGAGGGAUGAAGUGGCAGGUACCGCGUGCUCGCUCUCGUUUAAAUCCCUUCCGGGAAUUGCAGUACCUCCCAAUUCGCUCUAACUCAGACCUACCACCUUCCUCCCUCUGCGGCUUCUCUUCUCUCUCUUCCCGGUUCUCUUUUAUUGAGAAGGGAGCUAAACGAACGAGUAUAGGCCGACCCAUUGGGUUCUUGAUCGUGAAUUGAUCCUGGGUUCAGUCGAUUCUUGAUUCUCUCGGCUCGUUGAUCCAGUCGAAGUGAUGCUCGACGUGGGCACAGCCUGUUGAAGCGGCGUGAUCUCAGCUUCUGUUCCUCCAUUCAAGAUGUCAGAAGCACAAAGGAAACCAUCGCUGACUGGUCUUGGACGUGUAAAUGGGUUCACAAAUGGUGUACUUUCUGUUAGGAGCCCUGCUGCAAUCUCUGCAGUGGAUGAGUUCUGCAAAGCCCUGGGAGGCGAGAGACCAAUUCAUAGUAUUUUAAUUGCUAACAAUGGAAUGGCGGCGGUCAAGUUCAUCCGUAGUGUCCGAACAUGGGCUUAUGAAACAUUUGGAACUGAGAAGGCCAUCCUGUUGGUGGCUAUGGCGACCCCAGAGGACAUGAGAAUUAAUGCAGAACAUAUCAGAAUUGCUGACCAGUUUGUGGAAGUUGCCGGUGGGACUAACAACAAUAACUAUGCCAAUGUUCAGCUCAUUGUGGAGAUGGCAGAGAUAACCCAUGUGGAUGCUGUUUGGCCUGGUUGGGGCCAUGCAUCAGAGAAUCCUGAGCUGCCAGAUGCAUUAAAUGCAAAGGGAAUUGUUUUCCUUGGACCUCCAGCCAUAUCUAUGGCAGCAUUAGGAGAUAAAAUUGGUUCUUCUCUGAUUGCUCAAGCAGCUGAUGUACCUACUCUUCCAUGGAGUGGUUCUAAUGUGAAAAUGUCUCCCGAUGGCUGCCUGGUAUCAAUCCCGGAUGAAAUAUAUAGGGAAGCUUGUGUAUACACGACCGAUGAGGCAAUUGCUAGUUGUCAAGUUGUGGGUUACCCUGCAAUGAUUAAGGCAUCGUGGGGGGGUGGUGGUAAAGGAAUUAGAAAGGUUCAUAAUGAUGAUGAAGUGAGGGCAUUGUUCAAACAAGUCCAGGGUGAAGUUCCAGGCUCGCCCAUAUUCAUAAUGAAAGUUGCUUCACAGAGCCGACAUUUAGAGGUCCAGUUGCUCUGUGAUCAGCAUGGGAAUGUUGCAGCUCUUCAUAGCCGUGAUUGCAGUGUUCAAAGACGGCACCAAAAGAUUAUUGAGGAGGGCCCAAUCACUGUUGCUCCUGUAGAAACGGUCAAAAAGCUGGAGCAGGCAGCUAGAAGGUUAGCUAAAAGUGUUAAUUAUGUUGGUGCAGCAACAGUGGAGUACCUGUAUAGUAUGGAGACUGGGGAAUACUACUUUUUGGAGCUCAAUCCUAGGUUACAGGUUGAGCAUCCUGUCACCGAAUGGAUUGCUGAAAUAAAUCUGCCAGCUGCCCAAGUUGCUGUUGGGAUGGGGAUUCCUCUGUGGCAGAUUCCUGAAAUAAGGCGGUUUUAUGGAAUGGGGCAUGGAGGAGGUUAUGAUGCUUGGAGAAGAACUUCAGUUGUUGCUACUCCCUUUGAUUUUGACAAAGCAGAGUCUACGAGACCGAAAGGUCAUUGUGUAGCAGUCCGUGUCACUAGUGAGGAUCCUGAUGACGGGUUCAAGCCUACCAGCGGGAAAGUACAGGAACUAAGUUUCAAAAGCAAGCCAAAUGUGUGGGCUUACUUCUCUGUCAAGUCUGGAGGAGGCAUUCACGAAUUUUCAGAUUCCCAAUUCGGACACGUCUUUGCAUUUGGGGAAUCCAGAGCUCUAGCAAUUGCUAAUAUGGUUCUUGGGCUGAAAGAAAUUCAAAUUAGGGGUGAAAUCCGUACUAAUGUUGACUAUACAAUUGAUCUUCUUCAUGCUUUAGAUUACAGAGAUAAUAAAAUCCACACAGGUUGGUUGGAUAGUAGAAUUGCUAUGCGGGUUAGGGCUGAAAGACCUCCCUGGUAUCUCUCUGUGGUUGGAGGAGCGCUGUAUAAAGCAUCUACAACCAGUACAGCUGUCGUGUCAGAUUAUGUUGGUUAUCUUGAGAAAGGGCAAAUUCCUCCCAAGCACAUAUCACUUGUCAACUCUCAAGUGUCAUUGAACAUUGAAGGAAGCAAAUAUACGAUUGACAUGGUCAGAGGCGGACCUGGAAGCUAUAGGUUCAAGAUGAAUGAGUCUGAGAUCGAGGCAGAAAUACAUACUUUACGUGAUGGAGGUCUAUUGAUGCAGCUGGAUGGGAACAGUCAUGUCAUAUAUGCUGAAGAAGAGGCAGCUGGAACUCGUCUCCUGAUUGAUGGAAGAACCUGCUUGCUUCAGAACGAUCAUGAUCCUUCGAAGUUAGUGGCAGAGACUCCAUGCAAGCUGCUUAGGUUUUUGAUUUCUGAUGGCAGUCAUAUAGAUGCGGACACACCAUAUGCUGAAGUUGAGGUUAUGAAGAUGUGCAUGCCCCUUCUUUCACCUGCUUCCGGAGUCAUACAAUUUGAAAUGUCUGAAGGUCAAGCUAUGCAGGCUGGUGAGCUUAUAGCAAGGUUGGAUUUAGACGAUCCUUCUGCCGUAAGGAAGGCAGAACCUUUUCAUGGCAGUUUCCCUGUCCUGGGCCCUCCCACUGCAGUUUCUGGAAAGGUUCAUCAGAGAUGUGCUGCAAGUUUAAAUGCUGCCCGCAUGAUUCUCGCAGGUUAUGAGCACAACAUUGAUGAAGUAGUGCAAAAUUUGCUUGCUUGUCUCGAUAGCCCGGAGCUCCCUUUCCUUCAAUGGCAAGAGUGCUUGUCCGUUCUGGCAACUCGCCUUCCGAAAGAUCUCAGAAAUGAGUUGGAAUCCAAAUUUAAGGAGUUUGAAAGAAUUUCAAGCUCUCAGAUUGUGGACUUCCCGGCAAAGUUGCUCAAAGGCAUUCUCGAGGCCCAUAUAUCCACCUGUCCUGAAAAAGAGAAGGCGUCCCAGGAAAGACUGAUUGAGCCAUUAAUGAGCCUUGUGAAGUCUUAUGAGGGAGGAAGGGAAAGUCAUGCCCGGGUAAUUGUUCAAUCUCUUUUUGAAGAGUAUCUCUCAGUUGAAGAACUAUUCAGUGACAACAUUCAGGCUGAUGUGAUUGAACGGCUUCGGCUUCAAUAUAAGAAGGAUCUAUUGAAAGUUGUGGACAUAGUCCUUUCUCAUCAGGGUAUAAAAAGUAAAAAUAAGCUCAUAUUGCGUCUCAUGGAGCAGCUGGUUUACCCUAAUCCUGCUGCAUACAGAGAUAAACUCAUUCGCUUUUCGGUUUUAAACCAUACUAAUUACUCUGAGUUAGCACUUAAGGCGAGUCAACUGCUGGAACAAACUAAACUGAGCGAACUCCGUUCCAGUAUUGCUAGAAGUCUCUCCGAACUAGAGAUGUUUACUGAAGAUGGUGAAAGCAUGGACACCCCAAAGAGGAAAAGUGCCAUCAAUGAACGCAUGGAGGAUUUGGUGAGUACUCCUCUGGCAGUUGAAGAUGCCCUCGUUGGCCUGUUUGACCAUAGCGAUCACACUCUUCAAAGGCGGGUUGUGGAGACUUAUGUUCGUAGGCUAUAUCAGCCCUAUCUUGUAAAGGGGAGUGUAAGAAUGCAGUGGCACAGAUCUGGUCUCAUUGCUUCAUGGGAAUUCUUGGAAGAGCACAUAGAAAGAAAGAACAAUUCUGAAGAUAAAACGUUUGACAAGCCAUUGGUUGAGAAACAUAGUGAAAGGAGAUGGGGAGCCAUGGUCAUCAUUAAGUCUCUUCAGUUUUUGCCGGCAAUCGUCAAUGCAGCCCUGAGGGAAACUACUCACAAUGUUGAUGAAGCAGUUCCAAAUGGCUUGUCAGAACCGAAGUGUUUUGGUAAUAUGAUGCACAUAGCUUUAGCUGGAAUUAACAAUCAGAUGAGUCUACUUCAGGACAGUGGCGAUGAAGAUCAGGCUCAAGAAAGGAUCAACAAAUUAGCCAAGAUACUUAAAGAGCAAGAAUUAAGUUCCAGUCUACGAACUUCUGGCGUAGGAGUAAUCAGCUGUAUCAUACAGAGGGAUGAAGGGAGAGCUCCUAUGAGGCACUCCUUCCAUUGGUCAGCUGAGAAGUGCUACUAUGAGGAAGAGCCUCUAUUACGCCAUCUAGAGCCUCCUCUCUCCAUAUACCUUGAAUUGGACAAGCUUAAAGGCUAUGAGAAUAUCAGGUAUAAGCCCUCCAGGGACCGUCAGUGGCAUCUAUACACUGUUAAAGACAAGCCCCUUCCAAUCCAGAGAAUGUUCCUCAGAACUCUGGUCAGGCAACCCACAACAACUGGUGGUUUCGCGUCAUACCAGGGCCUCGAUUUGGGAUCAUCAGGUUCUCAACUAGCUGUGUCCUACACUUCAAGGAGCAUCUUCAGGUCCUUAGUGGUUGCCAUGGAAGAGCUGGAACUAAAUGCCCAUAAUGCUACUGGCAAAUAUGAUCAUGCUCAUAUGUACCUUUAUGUUAUACAAGAGCAACAAGUGAAUGACCUCGUGCCUUAUGCCAAGAGAGUGGAAGUAGAUGCCAAGCAAGAAGAAGCUGCCGUUGCACAGAUCCUGGAAGGGCUGGCACGGGAAAUUCAUGCAUCUGUCGGGGUAAGAAUGCAUCGGCUAGGUGUUAGUGAGUGGGAAGUGAAGCUGUGGAUUGCAUCUUCUGGACAGGCAAACGGUGCUUGGAGAUUUGUGGUAACCAAUGUAACUGGACACACAUGCACUACUCAUAUUUACCGUGAACUCGAGGAUUCCAGCACCCGCAAAGUGGUCUAUCAUUCAAUCUCUGUGUGGGGCCCUCUACAUGGAGUUCCAGUAAAUGCACCCUACAAGCCCUUGGGAGCUCUUGAGCGAAAACGUCUCUCAGCCAGGACGAGCAACACUACUUACUGCUAUGAUUUUCCACUUGCAUUUCAGACAGCUCUGGAGAUGGCUUGGGCAUCCCAUUCUCCGGAUGACGACAACAUCAAGAAUAAGAUGCUUCUCAAAGUAACCGAGCUGAAAUUUGCUGAUAAGAGUGACAGCUGGGGAACCCCUCUUGUCCCUGUAGAGCGCGAGCCUGGGAGUAAUGAUGUCGGGAUGAUAGGUUGGUGCAUGGAAAUGACUACUCCCGAGUUCCCUUCUGGGAGAACAGUUCUAGUUGUCUCAAACGAUGUAACCUUUAAAGCAGGAUCUUUCGGCCAAAAAGAAGAUGCAUUUUUCCAUGCAGUCACUGAUCUUGCAUGUGCAAAGAAAUUACCUCUGAUUUAUUUGGCAGCAAACUCCGGUGCACGUCUAGGGGUAGCGGAGGAAGUGAAAGCUCGAUUCAGAGUCGGUUGGUCCGAUGAAUCGAAUCCUGAGCGCGGUUUCCAGUACGUAUAUUUGACACCUGAUGACUAUGCUGAGAUGGGAUCAUCUGUGAUAGCACAUGAGCUAAAGCUGGCUAAAGGAGAAACUAGAUGGGUCAUAGAUACCAUUGUCGGGAAGGAGGAUGGAUUAGGAGUAGAAAACUUGUCAGGAAGUGGGGCCAUUGCUGGUGCUUAUUCUAGGGCAUACAAGGAGAUUUUUACCCUUACGUAUGUGACUGGCAGAACUGUUGGUAUAGGUGCUUAUCUUGCUAGGCUCGGGAUGCGUUGCAUACAGAGGCUUGAUCAACCAAUAAUUUUAACAGGUUUCUCUGCCCUUAACAAACUUCUUGGCCGCGAGGUUUACAGUUCCCACAUGCAACUUGGAGGUCCGAAAAUUAUGGCAACUAAUGGAGUGGUUCAUCUGACCGUUUCAGAUGACCUUGAAGGGGUUUCAUCCAUCUUGAAGUGGUUAAGUUUUGUUCCUCCUCAUGUUGGUGGUCCACUUCCAAUCUGCAAACCCUUGGAUUCCCCCGAAAGGCCUGUUGAGUACGUUGCAGAAAACUCAUGUGAUCCUCGCGCUGCCAUUCGUGGUGUCUUGGAUAGUAAUGGAAAUUGGGUUGGUGGUAUUUUUGACAAGGAUAGCUUCAUUGAGACUCUUGAAGGCUGGGCAAGGACAGUGGUAACAGGACGAGCUAAGCUGGGAGGCAUCCCUGUGGGAAUUGUAGCAGUCGAGACCCAAACAGUAAUGCAAGUCAUUCCUGCGGACCCAGGUCAGCUUGAUUCCCAUGAGAGAGUGGUCCCGCAGGCUGGACAAGUAUGGUUCCCGGAUUCCGCCACCAAGACAGCUCAAGCAAUUUUAGAUUUCAACAAAGAAGAACUUCCUCUUUUCAUCCUGGCUAACUGGAGAGGUUUCUCGGGCGGGCAGAGAGACCUUUUCGAAGGGAUCCUGCAAGCCGGGUCAACAAUAGUCGAGAACCUUAGAACAUACAAGCAGCCUGUAUUUGUCUACAUCCCCAUGAUGGGUGAACUCCGUGGCGGGGCAUGGGUGGUUGUGGACAGCCGGAUUAAUUCAGACCAUAUUGAAAUGUAUGCCGAGCGAACAGCCAAAGGGAAUGUCCUCGAGCCAGAGGGGAUGAUAGAGAUCAAGUUUAAGACCAAGGACCUUCUAGAGUGCAUGGGUAGAUUGGAUGUAGAUCUGGUCGGACUGAAGACAAAGCUGGAGGAAUCUAUAAAGGCUGGUGCUCUUGAUGUGGCCAAUUCGCUGCAGCAGAAGAUAAAAGCCCGAGAGAAGAGCCUCUUGCCCGUCUACACACAGAUAGCCACUAAAUUUGCUGAACUGCACGAUACUUCAUUGAGGAUGGCCGCGAAGGGGGUCAUCAGAGAAGUCGUCGACUGGAAAACCUCUCGCUCCUUCUUCUACAGAAGAUUGCAUCGAAGAAUUGCCGAAGCCUCAUUCACCAAAACCGUGGAAGAUGCAGGGGGCAAUCAGCUCUCGAGGACAUCUGCGUAUGCCUUCAUGAAGAGCUGGUUUGUGAAUUCUGAGGUGGCAAAAGGUAGAGAAGAUGCAUGGAAUGAUGAUGGACUAUUCUUCUCAUGGAAAGAUGAUACGAGAAAUUACGAAGACAAGUUACAAGAACUGCGGAUCCAGAAAGUACUGCAGCAAUUGACAGAUAUUGGUAGCUCAGAGUCAGAUUUACAAGCUCUUCCUCAAGGUCUCGCUGCCCUUCUAGACAAGAUGGAGUCAUCGAGCCGAGCGAGUUUGGUUCAAGAACUUCUCAAGGUGCUCGGUUGAACAUGAUUGCUGUACAUCACCAAAUUUUCGCCUCAUUUUGGCGCGCGAACUCAGUGAAAUCUUUGAUUGUUAUCAGCUAUAUGAAUAACUUCUCCACAUUGUGGAUGAGAUGUAGAUCCUAGGACUAGUGCCCACCAGUCUGCUAAGUGUAAAUCUAGGAUGUAGGGUUGAAAUAGGUUUUUCAAUGUCAAGGGAGAGGAGGUGGCUCGUUUUGCAGGUUGUCUUUCCUUCAUGGCUUGAACCAUAUCAUUAUUUCCAAUUUCUGUAAUUAUGUUGUCAAUAAAAAAUGUGAUAAUUUUAUUUUCCCA